CUAGCGCCAUCUGCGCUACAACUAUCGGGAUUUAGGGUCAGUGGCGCUAGCCAGGCCGGCAACUGUCAUCGCUAAUGUGCACCCCUAGAAGAAAAAGAAAAUAGAAAACCUCAAGUACAAAUUUCUUAGUCGCAUGUUUGUUACAGGUCUGGAAAACAUCCACCAUGUUGUCUGCCAACAGUAGUGUGUCUUGGACUAAAAAACAUUCUCUCCUUUCAAAAUGGAACAUCCUGUUUGACAAAUCACCGGAAUGGAUUUCGUUCAAACCUCAAUUGGGUUUGAAAGUCUAUCCUUGCUAUUCAUGCAAAAAUAUGUUUUCGUCAAAACUGACCUUCCAAGACCACAUCAACCGUCGUGUAGUAAUAAUCAAAUACAAAUGCAUGGAGUGCACGAACACUUUUACAUUUUACAAUCGCUGUUCUCUCCUUCUCCACGCUCGAAAACACUUUAGUCUAGGCGAAGGAAAAAUCAAUUUAGCGAAUGUUGACAUUUUCCUCCUUCCGGUAGACCUUGCAGGGUUUGCGAGACACGAAAGCAUACCGUUUUUGUACGACGAAGAGGAAGAAUACCCAAGUGACAACUCCUACGUCAACUGCCAGUUUUAUACGCCUGAUGAUGCCGAUAAAGGCAAACAAAUGGUCACAUUUCGGCCUUUUAAUCUAGUUUUUCACUACGCGGAAGGUUCAAAUAAUGUACUUUUAGUCAUCAAGCAACUCACUCUAAACAUUCCUCUAUGCGAAUUCGUGCCUCAAAACCUUGACAAGCAAGCGAAAACCGUUCAAGUGACUAACGGUCACCUCGAGCCUGAGAUAAAGCAAGAAAUCGAUGAAGAUUUUACUCUACCCGUAAUUUCCAAAAUCGAGUCACUACCUCAGUGCAGUGAGUGUAACUCUACUGUUGAAGGCCCUCUAGUGGGGCACUUCCAAGGUGCCAAUAAACCCCUAGACGAGUCUUUGUGUUGCUACAUUUGCAAAUACGUGGCUCCGACGAAAUGUUCCCUUAAAGCGCACGUGAGAACUCACGAGAAUAUUGCUCCUCAUGUGUGCCCCGAGUGCGGCAAACAAUUCAACACUUGGACACUUCUUGACAAACACAUGGAGGAUGUUUGCUUCCAUUUGAGUAAACAAGUGAGGUUCAGAUGUCCGGCUUUAAAGUGCGGCAAACUUUUCGUCAUGCCCAAUACUUAUGCCUCACAUUUUGCCAAUCAUUUCCAAUCGAUACUCAGGUGUAGUGUUUGCAGUUCGAAUUUUUUUACCGAGUCGGAUUUCACCGAUCACGCGAAAAAUCACGAGAGUUGUACUUCGUUCAAAACUUUCAAUUGCACGGUUUGUAAAAACAUGCCGACUUUAGGUGAAGAGAAAACAACAGAACAUGUCAAUUGGCAUUUGAGAGAUAGAGAGACCUGUGUUUAUAUUUUCACGUGUCGGUCUUGUCGGAGUUAUUUCCGAUCGACUACCACUUAUUCGGUACAUAAACAGAGGUGUUUGAAAAAUGAGAAAACGUCGAAUAUUAUAACAGCCAGUUGUCAGUUUUGCUCUCAAAAAAUCCAGUAUAAGGAGAAAGAUGCACUUAAGGUUUGCACCAAUUGCAAACAAAUCAAUCAUCUUCGAGGAACCCCCAGUAAAAGUAACGAAGAGAAGAAAUCGACCUGUAUGCUAUGUAAAGAAGACUUGCUACCUGAAAAUGUCAAAUCACACACGAAUUUGUGCAAAUAUAACAAUCCAAUUGUCACAAUCCACGCAAUCAACGAAUCGAAGGACUCGGAUGAGACCAGUUCUAGUGAACCGUCAAAUCUAGACUCAAGUAAUGACUCUCUCAAAACUGAAGAAACCUCCAAGACCAAAAAAAGAAAACGUACUUCAAACUCCUCGACCCCUAGUAAGAGUAAAAAACCUGCCGAGGAGAACGACCUUCAAGCCGAAAAACCGAUCUCAUUUGAUGGAACUUACUAUUGUAAACUAUGCGAUUACAAAAAUACCGAAAGGUCUGAAUUUCACAACCAUGUCAAAACCCAUCGAGAUAUUUCGACCGCGUAUCAAUGUAUGGAAUGUGGUGAAUGCUUCGUUGUUAAACCUUCUCUAGUUAAACAUUUGGCACAUUUCCAUCAAGUUACAGACUCUGAGCAAUAUUUUGCCGAGAAUAGUUGUUACGAUAAAUUUGCAAUUGAAGAACUUGAGAAUAAUUUGAGACUAGUUCCGGGGGAACAUAAAGGACCUGUGAAGGAGAAUCAGUGUUCGGUUUGUUUAGAAGAGUUUGAAGAUGCGCUGGCUUUGAGUAAACAUUUCCGGAUACAUGGAAUGGCUUUUCUUAUGAAGAAAACCAAGUAAUCAAGUUGAGAUAUUUACUUGUUAUUUUACUGAAUAAACUCCUUUUUUUAUA